AUGCACGUGGUAUUGUUAAGGAGAGAUUUUUUUGGUAUUGUUCAUGUGACGGAGACAUCUUCUUCAAUUCUUAAAUCUGCCAUUGAUAGUUUAUUUGCUGAACAUGGAUUGAGUUUGAAACAGGUAAGAGGGCAAGGUUAUGACGGAGCAAGCAAUAUGCGCGGUGAGUUCAAUGGAUUAAAGGCCUUGAUCUUGAAUGAAAAUAGCUCGGCAUAUUAUAUCCAUUGUUUUGCUCACCAACUUCAAUUAGUUGUUGUGGCGGUUGCCAAUAAACAUGACAGAGUUGAGAACUUUUUUAAUAUGUUAGGAAUGGUGAUCAAUGUGGUGAAUGCUUCUUGCAAGCGUAAAGACAUGCUUCGACAAAGUUACAAAGAUAGAGUGCAAGAAGCAAUUGGUAAGUGUGAAAUUGAUACUGGAACAGGGAAAUACCAAGAGCUUUCUCUUAUACGAGCCGGAGAUACACGGUGGGGUUCUCAUUACAAAACCAUUUUGAGCUUGAUUGCUUUGUUUCCGAAUGUUGUUGAAGUGCUCCGGUAUGUUGAAGAGGACGGGGAUAAUGGUUUUAGUCGCACUCAAGCAACUGAGGUCAUAGACUUGUUGUCACAGGCUCUUCAAAAAAAGGAUCAAGAUAUUUUGGAAGCGGUUUCAUUGAUAAAGGGACCUAAACAACUAUUGCAACAAUUUAGAGAAACUGGUUUUGAUCCACUUUUGAAGAAAAUGUAUUCUUUUUGUGAGUUCAAUGUAUCAGAUUUAUUGAAGUUGAGUGAGUUGUAUCCUCAAGAUUUUAGUCAUAUGGAAAUGAUCGUUUUUGAGAAACAACUUAACAUGUACUAUUUGAUUGUGCGUCAGGAUGAAAGAUUUGACAAUUUGAGUGGUAUUGUCGAGCUCGCUAGACUGCUAGUGAAAACAAAAAAACAUAAAACUUAUCCUCUAGUAUAUCGGUUUUUGAAGUUGGCUUUGGUUUUGCCAGUUGCUACUGCAACAGUCGAAAGAUGUUUUUCUGCUAUGAAGAUUGUGAAGUCAGAUUUGCGCAACAAAAUCKGUGAUGAAUUUUUGAAUGCUGCAAUGAUAUGUACUAUAGAAAAAGAAGCACUUCUCACAGUUUCAAAUGAUGAUGUAAUUACUCAAUUUCAAAACACGAAGAGUCGGAGGGCACAGUUGUAA